AAACACAACAUAUUGAUGCAACAAAAAUUAAAAAGCAGGGGUGGAAGGAGGUGGAAAUCAGAACAAGAUUUCAGAAAAAACAUGUGGAUGGGUUGUUUGCACCUCCCCUGUCUCAGAGGCCUACCAUAUGGACCUGUUUGAGCCAUAUGCACCUUUUUGAGUCAGUCAUGGUUUAUGUUAAAGUAACACACAGACGAUGUAUCUAUAAUCUAAAACCCCAAAAAGCAAUAGAUGUGACUAUAUGUUAUAUAGAAAGAGAUGUAAAAAUAUAUUAUGGGCCAGAGAUCAAUAAAAAAAGACAAUAAUCUUUGCCAUGACCGGGAUUCGAACCACCAA